GGGAGGACUGGUUACUGGCAGGAGACGAAAAAUAUUUGAAGAAAAAGCUCAUAGCGCAGAAAUUUACAGAGGCAACAUUUCUCCCAAAUUAAAGAGGGACUGCUUCCAAGCCACCACACACUCCUAAGCGAUCUGAUUCAUUCCAAGUGGAAAAAGAGGUCCCGAGUUUUACGUUUGCGGCUGGUGUUGCAACAAUGGUUUGUAACACGAACAAGAGCAACAAGAAGGAGAAAGACCUUGAGUUUUUCUUCGAGGAUGAUUUCAACGAAAGUGCACAACAAGAUAUUGAAAGUGCAAAGUUAACGAUAGAGAGUGAAAGUAGCAGUGAUGAUGACGAGGGAAAUGAUACAACGCACCGUCGUCACUCUUUCACUUCUCAGCAAUGGCCUCGAAGUUACAAAGAGACUACAGAUGCUUACACACUUGCUGCAACUCCAAAUUUUGAAUCAAUUCUACGAGGAUCAAGUUUUGUAUAUUCUAGUUUUGACGAUCGUUCAAAGAAUAAGUUAGAUAUAGAUGGAAAGACAACUCCUUUUCUCUCUGGUCAUGAAAUCGUUACCCAAUCAACUUUGCCGAAACAAGGUUCAGUGCAAGCGCAUUCAUGUGGCGAACUUCCCAUUGGUCAUGGAUGCAACUUCAUUCAAACAGUUUUCAAUGCGAUUAAUGUGAUGGCUGGAGUUGGCAUUUUGUCUACACCUUAUACAUUGAAAGAAGCUGGUUGGGUGAGCAUGGUGCUGAUGGUUCUUUUUGCAGUCAUUUGUUGCUAUACAGCCACCCUUAUGAGAUACUGUUUUGAAAGCAGAGAAGGGAUCAAUAGCUAUCCAGAUAUAGGAGAGGCUGCAUUUGGAAAAUAUGGUCGUAUUAUUAUAUCAAUCAUCUUGUACACUGAAUUAUAUUCGUGUUGUGUGGAAUUCAUCACCUUGGAAGGAGAUAACCUCACUGGACUAUUUCCGGGAACAUCCUUAAAUUUGGGCAGUUUCCAGUUAGAUUCUGUCCACAUGUUUGGAAUUUUGGCUGCACUUAUUAUUAUCCCCACUGUAUGGCUAAAGGAUCUUCGUAUAAUUUCUUUAAUGUCAGCUGGAGGAGUUUUUGCAACAGUGUUGAUUGUUAUAUGUGUGUUUUGUGUUGGGACAAGUGAUGGUGUUGGAUUCCAUCACACUGGUCAAUUGGUCAAUUGGAGAGGCAUUCCUUUAGCAAUUGGUAUCCAUGGUUUUUGCUUUGCAGGACACUCAGUUUUCCCUAAUAUUUACCAAUCCAUGGCUGACAAAACACAAUUUACUAAAGCAGUAAUAUUAUGUUUUGUAUUGUCUGUUACAAUAUAUGGAGGUGUUGCAAUCAUGGGAUUCCUCAUGUUUGGUGAUGCCACUUUGUCUCAAAUAACACUAAAUAUGCCACGGAGUUCAUUUGCUUCCAAGGUUGCAUUGUGGACAACAGUAAUUAACCCAUUCACUAAAUAUGCUUUGUUGAUGAACCCAUUGGCAAGGAGUCUCGAGGAGUUGCUACCAGAAAGAAUAUCAAGUACUUAUCAAUGUUUCAUUCUUCUUAGAACAGCACUUGUUGUAUCUACGGUUUGUGCUGCUUUUCUGAUUCCUUUUUUUGGGUUUGUGAUGGCUUUAAUUGGCUCUCUCUUCAGUAUACUUGUGUCAGUGAUAUUGCCAACUUUAUGUUUUGUGAAAAUUGUGGGGAAAAAAGCAACUUAUACACAGGUUGUAUUGAGCGUCGUAAUUGCUGCAUUUGGAGUCAUUUGUGGAGUUCUUGGAACAUAUUCAUCUGUGCUGAAUAUUAUGAAGAGUUACGAAUGAGUGUUAUAAGCCAAUUACAAAUGUUUACUCAUGAUAAGUAUAUAGUCAAUUUAAUUUUUAGGUCACAAAUAUAUAAGACUUUUCUUUCUCACAAAACACUUCAUUAUAAGGUUCAAAUUCCUGCUAAAUGUAGUCUGUUAUUUCUUUUUUGACUUUUGUUUAUGUAAGAGUUUUUUUAGGCGAGUGAUAAAUCUAAAAGAAUCUAAUGAUAUUUUAUUGCAGUUACUUAUACUAGACAUAUAUCAAUGCUUUGUAAA